CAUUUUUGCGCAUUAAUUACAUCAGAGUUUUCUCCAUCUUGGCCAAGAAGUCAGCUUGUCUACCUACAAGUCUUUCGCCGAGUUCUACCUACUUGUAGCAUCACGUCGUCUGUACUGCGUUUGCAUGUCCACCAAACAAAGCUACCCCACUAAUCUGCUUGUACCCUUCCUGCAGGUACGGAGCAAAGCGACCGGCGCAACUUGAUCGAGCUACAAAGAGCAUAGAGAGUGCGGUCUCCCGAGUUUCAGCCAAACGACAGUUGCCUUUGUCAAUCAUCCUCACCAUCAAUUGACUUUUCACCCCAUAAAAUAAAAAUGCUGGGAACAAAACUCACCCGCGCAGCUUCCAGGCUGCUGCUGCCCAGUGCACGCCCGAUCGCAAGCACCACCCUGACUGCCACCACCACCACCGCCGCCGCCCGCACCAUAUCCAGCAGCGCCAGCAACCUCCGCCCAGACACAAAGGACAAGGACCUCCCCAAGACGGCGGGCAGCUACGCGCGGACCGACGCCAGCGUGCAGGUCGAGUACCCCGAGGCGCACGAGCUGCCGUCGUCGGAACCCGUCAAGGGCGCCGGCCGCGCGGGAAUCAACGUCAAGCCCACGCUCGCCACCUUUUCGCUGCAGGGCAAGGUCGGCGUCGUCACGGGGGGUGCGAGGGGGCUCGGCCUCGUCAUGGGCCAGGGCAUGGUGGUCAGCGGGGCCGACUUGGCGAUUGUCGAUCUGAACCUCGACGAGGCGAGGGAGCAGGCCAAUGCGAUUGUUGAGCAGUUUAGGAGGGAGAAUCCCGAGGCGAAGAGACUACCCAAGGUGACGGCACACUACGCCGACGUGUCCUCGGAGGAGUCGGUCAACGCCUGCAUCGAGGACAUCGUGGCGCAGCACGGCAAGAUCGACAGCCUGGUGACGUCUGCCGGCUUCACCGAGAACUUCGAGGCGACGCAGUACCCGAUCGACCGGAUGCGCAAGCUGUUCGGCGUCAACUUUGACGGCACGUACCUCUUUGCGACCUCGGUGGCCAAGCACCUGAUGGCGCGCCAGGCCGCCGGCAGCAUGGUCUUCAUCGGCAGCAUGAGCGGCGCCAUCGUCAACGUGCCGCAGCCGCAGGCCCCCUACAACAGCGUCAAGGCCGCCGUGCGCCACCUGGCCGCCAGCCUGGCCGUCGAGUGGGCGCACGCCGGCAUCCGCGUCAACUGCAUCUCUCCCGGCUACAUGCUCACCGCCCUGACCAAGAAGAUACUCGACGACAAGCCCGACCUCAAGAAGAAGUGGACCAGCCUCAUCCCCCAGGGCAGGAUGGGCGCCCCAGAGGACCUGAUGGGUCCCGUGACCUUCCUGCUGUCGGACGCGUCCGUCUACGUCACCGGCGCUGACAUCCGUGUCGAUGGCGGUUACACGGUCAUUUGAUGACGGGUAAGCGGGCGGUUUUUUUUUAGAACUAAAAAAAAAUGCAGUGCAGUAUACCGGCUGCGACGUAAUGCGAUAAUAUCUGGGAAAAAAAGCGUUCUAUUUUCGUUUUGUUCUACCUCUUAGCGUUAGUUUCUGAAACAUUUACAAUUCUUUAGACACAUGGACUUCAAUCAAAAAUACUAUAUUUUUCC